AUGUACUCAGCGACUCGGAAGCCAGAGAAGUGGAGUUUAGCUUCUGCAGGACAAAAAGUACAUCAUGGCAGCGGUCCCAAAGGUGCUCGGGCUGCAAGGAUCGACCAACUGGUUUUUUCGCGUAAGACUGCAACGAUACCCCACAAUUAUAAACAUGAAAAAACAAAAAAAAAAUUGACCACAACAUUGAAUCCCUGUGUCCUCGUCGCGCCGCCAACGCAGAAGAAACUCGCGCUGCCGGUGAUCUCGCGAGCCCUCCACGUGAACGUCAACACCUCGGACAAGGUCAAGUGCAAAUCCAACGGCAAAUACCAAGUGGUGGAUCACUGCUACGACGUGGUGGUGGUGGGCGCAGGGGGGGCCGGUCUGAGAGCGGCCUACGGCUUGGGCCAGAAGGGCUUUAGCGUGGCAGUGGUCACGAAGCUGUUCCCCACGAGGUCGCACACGGUCGCGGCCCAGGGUGGCAUCAACGCCGCCAUCUACUCCCAGGACGACAACUGGCUGUACCACAUGUACGACACGGUCAAGGGCUCCGAUUGGCUCGGCGACCAGGACUCGAUACACUUUCUGACCCGGGAGGCGCCCCAGGCCGUUUACGAGCUCGAAAAUUUCGGUUGUCCGUUCAGCCGGACCAAAGAGGGCAAGAUCUACCAGCGAGCCUUCGGGGGUCAGUCCCUGAGGUUCGGCAAAGGUGGCCAGGCCCAUCGGUGCUGUUGCGUGGCCGAUCGUACCGGCCACUCGGUUCUCCAAACGCUCUACGGCAUGUCCCUCAAGUACGACAUUGGCUUCUUUGUCGAGUACUUUGCCCUCGACUUGCUGUUUCACGGCAGAUGCUGCAAGGGCGUCAUCGCCUGGGAGCUCGAGACCGGCUUGAUCCACCGUUUUCGUGCCCACCACACGGUGGUGGCGACGGGUGGCACGGGCCGGUGCUACCAAUCGUGCACCGGAGCGCACUCGUGCACCGGUGACGGCUUAGCGAUGGCCAGCCGAGCCGGUUUGCCCAUUCAAGACAUGGAGUUCAUCCAGAUCCAUCCCACCGGCAUGUACGGGAGCGGAAUCCUGAUAACGGAAGGAGUACGGGGCGAGGGUGGAAGACUCAUGAAUUCGCGGGGCGAGUUUUUCAUGGAAAAUUACGCUCCGAAAGCCAAGGAUCUGGCACCCCGGGACGUCGUCUCCCGCAGCAUGACCACGGAAAUACACGAGGGAAGGGGUGUAGGCGAGGACAAGGACCACUUGUACCUGCAGAUGCACCACAUACCCUUGGAGACGAUCCGCUCGAGAUUACCGGGCAUCUCGGACCUCGCCUCUAUCUUUGCGGGCAUCAACGUCGAAAGGCAGCCCAUACCCGUCAUACCGACCGUGCACUUCAAUAUGGGCGGCAUACCAACGAAUUACAAGGCUCAGGUACUGUCGAGGGAGAACGAGGAGGACGUGGUGAUCGGCGGGUUGUGGGCGGCUGGGGAGACUGCCUGCGCUUCGGUCCACGGGGCCAAUAGACUCGGUGCCAACGCCGUACUGGAGACACUGGUCUUUGGUAAGGCCAUCGCCGACAACAUUGACUGCCUGAUCCGACCUGGCGAGCGACACGACGAUCUACCCGCUCACGUCGGGGAAGACGCGCUCUGUCGAUUCGACGCGACUCGAUACUCCAAGGGCAGUGUACCGGUGGCUAAGCUGAGGGACAAGAUGCAGAGGACGAUGCAAAUGUACUGCACGAUGUUGCGCAGGUGUGACAUGCUCCAACGUGGCUGUAGGGAGAUUACCAAGCUCUACACGUGCGAUUUGCCGGACUUGUGCGUCCAAGACAACUCGCUGAUCUGGAACACCCACCUGGUCGAGGCUCUGGAGUUGCAAAAUCUCAUGCUGAACAGCUUGCACAUCAUCUAUUCGGCCGAGAACCGCAAGGAGUCAAGGGGCGCCCACGCGCGGGAAGAUUUUAGGGAGAGAGUGGACGAGUACGAUUACACGAAACCACUCGAGGAUCAAAAAAAACGGCCGCUGAGCGAGCACUGGCGCAAGCACACGCUAUCCUGGGCUCAAGAGGAUGGCUCGAUUUGUAUUUCUUAUCGGCCGGUAAUCGACACGACGCUCAAUGAGGCGGAAGCUCAACACGUCCCACCGGCGAUACGAACUUACUAA